GCCACCACUGCCAGGAUCCAUGAUCGGGGGGGCCGUGUGUGUGGUAAAGCGAGGGCGGGAAAUGGAGGCGGGGACUAUGGGCCGGGGAGGAGCAGGCCGCGCUGACCCAGGGAAGCGGCGAGGCAGAAAGCCCGGGGGCUAGCGGCACAAUUCCCGGCGUCGUCGCGGCAGCAGCUCCAGUCCCGACUCCGCACUCGCGACGACAACGGCAGCAGCGGCUCAACCCUCCUCGUGUGUGCGAGCGGAUCUCCUCCCACCCAGCCCCAACCACCUCCGACCGUCUCAGCGCCAACCCCACGCCCGGAGCAGAUUGACCCCUCGCCGCUACCCGUACCUUCGCCUCGGUAGUUCUCGGCCCCGGUCAACCCCGUUUCCACCUAUGAAGCGCGGCAGAAGGCGGAACUACGAGUUCCGACAGGACCCGCGCGACGCCUCUGCGGUUUUCCCGGGGGCCGACGGGAGUCGGAGUUCGGGGCCCGGAGCAACCGGAAGCGGCGCCGGCUCCCGGCAUGCAGCGCGAGGAGGCGGAGGUCUGGUCGAAGCUCGGCUGCCCCACCUGUCACCGGGUGGGGGCAGGGGUGAGAGCGAGCCCUGGUGCGAUUCGGCGCGGGGCGGCGGACCGUGAGUCUCUCAGCUCGCGGGGGUGGCCCGCUCCGUCCUGUUCUACACAGGACGCGGGAAAACGAACAGCAGUUCUAAGGAGACCUGCCUUGCUAUUGACUCAGAGUCACAAGAAGAAGAAAACACAAUGUGUCAGAAAUAAAGUGCCUAAAGUGACUUCUGACUCAAGAUUUGCUCUCCCCAACCUACUCCUAAGAAAGUGUCAACACAAGCAACUGACUCAGAUGGUGAACCACACUGUCCUUCUUCAACCCUUGUCAUCAGAUACCAUACUUCAAGAGGAAUCACCCGGAGGGCACUGGGUGAUCACUCUGAUAGUGAAAGGAACAAAUGCAAUUCUCUGGACCUGUUUGGGCCUCAGCUUGAUCGUUUCUUUGACAGUUUUCGUGUUGAUGUUCUUGCUCAGGAAGAUGAGCUCCGAGCCAUUAAAGGACGAAUUUAAAAACACAGGACCGGCUCUCCAGAAGGAUGCGAACGCAGACCUGUAUGAGAGCGACGAUGGCGGGACUGGUGCGGAAACUCUUCUUUCGAGAGGCCUUGGGUACACAGUGGAAGAAUGUACGUGUGAAGACUGUGUCAGGAGCAAACCAAAGGUCGACUCUGACCAUUUCUUUCCACUCCCAGCCAUGGAGGAAGGUGCAACCAUUCUUGUCACCACAAAAACAAACGACUACUGCAACAGCCUGCUAGCUGCCUCGAGUGUCACGGGGAUGGAGAAAUCAGUUUUCCCAGCUAAUUAACCAUUUCAAUGGUAUAGAGCUACUUGGAAAACCUUUUGUCAGAAGAAAAGGAUGAUGUGUCGGAUCUGUUUAGGAUGAUUGUACUUAUCAGUGGAUGAUAUGGCUUUUUGUUCUCUAAU